CCCCAGGAAGAGAGAGACCUUGCAGGAAAACUACACGGAAUAUGAAUGCCAGCUUUUUAAAGAGGGGAGAUUACAAUACAGGAAUAAAGAUGGGAGAAAAAUGGAAAAGACAACAAAAGCUGUGGCAUGCGCCACAUAUCCCUUGCAUCCGAGUCCCUCGCUCUGCCUCUGACACGCCAUUGUUGAAGGACCUAACCCCAGGGCAGCAGCGCUAUUUUUACAGCAUCAUGAGGAUUUACAGCCCCAGGCCCCAGUGGGAGGCCCUGCAGACCCGCUACAUUCACAGCCUUCAGCACCAGCAGCUGCUUGGGUAUAUUACUCAACGGGAGGCCUUGGCCUGUGCAGCUGUACUAAGAGAUUCAACCAAAAGAGCCUCAGCCAAGGCAGGUCCUCAUAGAACCGUCCCCCUGAGAGCCGCGGGCAGAACAAGAACUCAGCCCUCAGCACGACCUGUGUGUGUGGUUCCACUCAGGGCCCGAAGCACAAGGCUCCCAUCCCCCAGGUCCAGGGCUGUCCACAAGCUCUGAACAUGUGGGCGCCCAUGUUUCCCUGGCAUCUAGUGAGUAUUUUGUACAUAUCUGUUGAAUAGGAAUAAAUAAAAGAACAUCCAAUACAAACCCCACACCUGGAAAUAAUCUCUCCCAUUCACAUCCAUUUUACCAGCAAGAACAAGUAGAAAGGUUUAAGAGCAACAGAGCUACGAGUAAGCAAGCCUACAGUGGGAGAAGGAAAGAGUGCGAUGAAUGGAGAAAGUAGCGUCCACAUAUACACACUACUGUGUGCAAAACAGACAGCCGGUGAGGAGUCGCCGAAUCACACAGGGAGCCUGGCCUGGCGCUGUGAUC